UGUUGGAAAAAGACGGAAGCAGGAACUACUGGCGAUAGCUGGUAGAAGAGCUUUAAGGGAUAAAUGGGAGCCUCUCUUGGUUUGCUUGCGUGUAUGCGCCCGUUCGCACGUGCAUUUUUAAGGCGCUGGAAGAUCUUAGAGAUUGCUGUGCAGGAUCUUUAAGCGGUAAGGACAAAUAUCCUUACAAGUGCGAAGGAAGUUUAAUAAUGGCAAAUGAUAGCACCCCGGUCCGAGCAGGAGCUGGAAAUGUUCCUUUGGGCCAUGUGAUUGGCAAUGAGAAAUGGAAGGGUUCCCAGAUUGCUCAGGAGAUGCAAGGUAAAGUUAAGCUUAUUCUGGAAGAUGGUCUGGGACUCGUGGACUUUCAUCUUUCAAACAGAUGCUGCAUCCUCUACAUAUCUGAAGCAGAUCUGGUGGCAGGAAAUGGCUUCAAAAGAAGACUGGUUCGUUUUAGAAAUGCUUGCAAUCUUCAAGGGAUUGUAUUAGUUGAGAAAACCCAAAUAAGCAACCAGUAUUUUCCAGAAGUGGGGAAGUUUGUCGUUCUGGAACUCGGAAUGACAUUACUUCCGGUGGCCAGCCAAAAAGAAGCAGCUCAACUUAUUGCUCAAUUCGUGCACGAACAAACUAAAACCAGUCACCCUUUCCAAAGUAAGCAAUGUACCAAGUUAUUGGAACCGUCUGUACUCCAUACAGUUCAGCAGAUUCCAGGUGUUGGAAAGACAAAAGCACUUCUUCUUCUGGAAAACUUUGGAAGUAUCCAUCAGCUUUGCAAUGCCUCUCUCCAGGAGCUCGAAGGAGUAGUUGGCCGCAGCCUAGCGCAACAAAUCCAUGCAUUCUUCACCCAGGCAAAAUAAUCUGUGUUUUUCAACAUCGGUGAUAAGUUUUUGAAAGGCUGGAAGUUCCCUUACGCACAAAGGAGCUUUCAUUUUCAUCUGAGGGGCAAAUAAAUCAGGAAAUUAUUUUAAAUCUCCGAGUUUUCUCCAUCUGGGCUUUGUAGGGUAUGCUUUUGGCUUUCAACCACAUACAGCUGGACACGAUGUCACCUUUUAUGAAUAACAUUGAACGCUUUUUCCUGGAGAAUUAGCUGCAGUACCAACAUCCUCUUUUGUCUUCCUUUAAAAUAGUUCUUGUUCGUUUAUUAAUAAGUACAUUCUUCUUCAUGUCAAUCUCAGCUGCUUCUUAAAGGAACAGUCAAAUAAGCCAGAUUUCAUCUCUUUUUGUUAAGCCUGUUGAAAAAUAGGGGAGACUCAGAGUUACUUUUAAGUCGAAAAAGAACAGGUUGUCCAAUGGAAAUGAAUUUUAAGUUUGUUCUGUGGGUGGUCCCCUGCUGUCCUAUUGCAGAAGAGAAGCCUAACCCGUCUACCUGUCUUUUACCUACCUUUCAUAGCUUGUUUAGGGAGAAGUUAUGAAUUCUGAGCAUCAGAACUGCCUUGAACGGAUCAUUUACUGACCGUUGGGAACUGUUAUUUAAUGUGUUUGAUUUUUGUAUCCAUUAAAAUCAGGGGUCAAAUCAG